AUCUUCAUCUCCUUCACGUCGUCGUCGAAAUCGACGGUGCGCUCACGGUUCCCGACGUCCUCGACGUCGCAGGCUUGGAUCUCGUAGCCCGUAUAUCCCGCUUUCAGCAGAUUCGUUGCUCGCAGCUGUGAUCUACCCAUCCCUCUGAGGCUCGCUUUGCGUCACUCGCUUCGUAUCAACCACACUCAGUCGGCACUCUAUUCACCUUCAGAAAUGGAUGCUUUUGGCAGCCUUGACAGUUUCUGGGACUUGUCCCAACAUGCAUCGACGUUCUCAACCUUGCCGGAAGACGAUUUCCUCGCUCUCCUCCAGAAACAGUUUCCCACCACCGGCCCCUUCGACCUCACCGCCCCCGAUGGUAUAGACCCUAUCAACAUCAAUCCUUUGCCCAUCAAUCCCACUCCGCCAUCGACCGACAGUAGUCCGAGCCCCCCGAGCACAAACCAGGAACCCGCAAUGUCACGGCGGCAGUCAGGGGUCUUUGGAACGACGAGUGCUUCGUCCCAGCCGGAAUCACACGAAGAUCCCCAAUUGAAGCGCAAGGCCAGCGAUGAUAGCAUGUCUGAGGAGCCAACGCACAAAACAGCCCACACAGACUUGAACAAGAAGGGCACAACAUCCUCUGCCGCUGGCCUAAAUCGACGCAAGUCGACAGGGAACCCCCAUCAGGAUGAGUCUCGGAUAUUGAAGCGCAAGGAGCAGAACCGGGCCGCACAGCGUGCCUUCCGUGAGCGCAAGGAGAAGCAUGUGAAGGACUUGGAGGACAAGGUCGCCGCCCUGGAGGCAAAGAACCAGGUCGCAGAAUCGGAAAAUGGUAACCUACGCGACCUGCUGUCGAGGCUCCAGUCGGAGAACAUGGCUCUCAAACAGGCUGCAUUCACAUUCUCGGUGCCCAAGCCUAAUGCUGCGUCACCCUCUGCCUUCCAGCAGUCGGCCCAGUCGUUCUUCACACCCGGUGCGAGCACAAGCACGCAGCCACAAUCGCAGCCACAGCCACAACAGCCGCCGUCAUCGCAGUUCGACGUCAACUUCGGCACGCUCAUCCCUUUCGAUCCAGCGUCGCUGAACAUGCUCGACGAACCAACCCAGUCCGAUUCGAUGAACCUGGACUACAGCUUCGGCCAGCCCGGCGCCAGUCCAUACAAGACCAUCGCCAGCAAUCCGAUGUACAUGACGUUCGCCGAGCCAUCUCCGUACGACCUUGCGUCGUCGCCCAUGUCCGGCUUUGUGUCAUCACCGGCGUCGACGACUGGAACCGACUCACAUCCAACAGGGAUGACGUCCUUCGAUUGGAAUUCGCCUUCGGCCAACAGUCCGCCAACGGCCGGCGUCGAGUUCGAUCAGCUCUUCGGCGGUUUCAACGCCGCCCAGUCCCCCGUCGACUUCUCCGCUCUGCUCCGCAGUUCGCCAAGCUCUGUAAGUCCGGUGACACACACGGGCUUGCGGUCAACAUCAGUGUCGUCGUCGAACUCGCCGGCGUCAUCACAUUCGCUGACGGCCUCGCCUGUGUCGCACACUUCGUCGAACACGAGCUACAACGGGUCGUCGGACGAAUGCCCGAAGACGAAGCAGGAGUGCGCGGCCAAGAUUGCUGCGCAAGGCGCGUCGCCAUUCGUGCAGACGCCCCUCUCGGCACAGCAACCGCAGAACAACUCCUUCUUCGCUGCAUCCAACAUCGAUGCCGUCAAGUCACUCGCUGCGAGCACUGGUGGUGGCGACUCAUGCCCGAAGAUCACAAGAGAGACGCUCCUCGAACAGAUCAAGUCGGGUGCAGAGGACUCGGUCGGGCCACACGGCGGGUUCGUUCGCAAGUCAAGCGAUGGCAACAACUCGAUGAUCAUGUGCAAGGGUUCGAGUUUCCCGAAGACGGAGAAGAACGAUCGCAACAUCGAGGUACUCACGGCAUGGCGGAGCAUCAUGUCGAAUCCCCAGUUCAAGAACGUGGACAUUAACGAGCUCUGCUCCGAGUUCACGAAAAAGGCACGGUGCGACGGCACAAAGGUCGUGCUCGAGCCCGAGGGUGUGAACGACAUCCUCGAGAACUUGUCCGUCAAACGCACGUGACGCUGCACUGCACCCGCCUUGGCGGUGGCCCCAGCCCAGAGGGCACGCCGCGGACGCCAACGCACCAGAGGGCGCGGGUCGUGGCGGUGGUGCAUCAGCCCCUGGGUCACCUCGGGGCGGACGCCUGCACGCGCAUCGUCGCAUGCGUGUAGAAAUGAAGCAUUUGACUCGUCGCAAGAGGACACUCAUUCUCCCGGGGCUCGCAUGCACAGUAUAAUUCUCAUAUGGAUGGCCUCUCUCUACCUCCCACCCCACUGCCCAUCUGGUUAAUGAUCCACAUCAGAGUAAUAACUAACCCCCCUUCGUAGGCUUUCUCGCAUGUCCAUGAUGGUCUCUUUUUAUCUCCUCACCCUUGUAUUUUUGCGCGCAGAGCUGUAUCUACAGGAGCCAUUUCCUCUUUGUACCGUAUAUCUUCGGUGAAUAGCAUUCGCACUGGCCUUACUGAAUAGGCAUGUCCAC